AAUACUAGCAAUAGUAAUCACAGACAAAAUAACCAUACGCAAAAUGGCCAAACAAUUGAUCGUACUGUUCGCUCUGGUAGCCAUUGCCUCGGCUGGCAUGAAAAUAGGCAAUGGUGGAUUGGACUUGCUCAAAUUCUCCGAGGGCUGGAGAGCUGACUAUUACAUCGACCAGAUUGGCUUGAAAACGAUCGGCUACGGACACGCAUGCGUGUGGCAUAACAACUGCAACGAUAUCGGGAAAACACCGCUCACUCAACAACAAGGUGUGGAUCUAUUGAAAAAGGAUCUGGUUGAAUAUGAAAACUGUGUUAACAACGCUGUGUCCGGACUCAACCAAAACCAAUUCGAUGCCUGCGUGGACUUUACGUUCAACAUGGGCUGCCAGGCUUUCCAAACCUCAGACAUAUUGAAAAACAUCAAGGCCAAAAACUGGCAAGGUGCCGCAAAUGCCUUCUCUAAAUACAAUGUGGCCGCGGGUCAAGUGAUUGAAGGACUGACUGUCCGACGAGCGAACGAUAAGAAAUUGUUUCUCAAGAAAUAGUUUUAGUUUUCAUAUACUUUCAGCCAAUUAUAACCCACUUUUUUAUUCAAUAUAAU